UUAGUGAAAUUAAUUGAAAAUAGAAAAAAUUAUGGUGCUGAUUUAGGGAUUAAAAUGUUGGGUUUCUAUAUUUAAUAAAAUUAGGACAGUGAUAGAAAUUGUGAGGGUGCACCAAAUAGUCAGUCUCUGGCUUUACCUGCGUGCUCCUUACACUUAAUCAGGUGUACUUUUUGUUCAGUAAUAAAGGGGGAAAAAAAUCAGAGAACAUGUGUGAAGAAUAGAAGUAUAUCACUGAAUAUUGUAUCUUUAGAAUGAAGUACAACUAGGGAUUCUGUAGUAUACUUUAGCCUUCUUGAAAUAGGACAUUACCCACCUCAUCCCCACACCCCCUUGUAAAACAUGUAUCUUUUCACUUAUCACAAAUGAUUUUUAAAAAGCAUUGUGUAUAGAAACAGGGAAUGCUUGAUUUAUCACCGAAUCAAGACUCUCCAUCGGCUUUUCCUGUGGGAGCCGCCGGGUUGAGGGGAGCGUGGCCUUAUCUCCCCGCCAUGGCGUGUGCUCGUCCACUGAUAUCAGUGUACUCUGAAAAGGGGGAGUCAUCUGGCAAAAAUGUCACUUUGCCUGCUGUGUUCAAGGCUCCCAUUCAACCAGAUAUUGUGAACUUUGUUCACACCAAUUUGCGCAAAAACAACAGACAGCCCUAUGCUGUCAGUGAAUUAGCAGGUCAUCGAACCAGUGCUGAGUCUUGGGGUACUGGCAGAGCUGUGGCUCGAAUUCCCAGGGUUCGAGGUGGCGGCACUCACCAUUCUGGCCAGGGUGCUUUGGGAAAUACGUGUCGUGGGGGCCUCAUGUUUGUGCCAACCAAGACCUGGCGACGUUGGCACCGCAGAGUGAAUACAAUGCAGAAGCGAUAUGCCAUCUGCUCUGCGUUGGCUGCCUCGGCUUUACCAGCUCUGGUCAUGUCUAAAGGUCAUCGUAUAGAGGAAGUUCCUGAACUUCCUUUGGUGGUUGAAGAUACAGUUGAAGACUACAAGACGACCAAGGAGGCUGUUUUGCUUCUGAAGGAACUUAAGGCCUGGAAUGAUAUCAAAAAGUUCUAUGCGUCACAGCGAAUGAGAGCUGGCAAAGGCAAAAUGAGAAACCGUCACCGUAUCCAGCACAGGGGACCCUGCAUCAUCUAUAAUGAGGACAAUGGUAUCAUCAAGGCCUUCAGAAACAUCCCUGGAAUUACUCUGCUUAAUGUAAGCAAACUGAACAUUCUGAAACUUGCUCCUAGUGGGAGUGUGGGACGUUCCUGCAUUUGGACUGAAAGUGCUUUCCCCAAGUUAGAGGAGCUGUAUGGCACUUGGCAUAAAGCUGCCUCCUCAAGAGUAACUACAACCUCCCCAUGCACAAGAUGCUCAACACACACCUUAGCAGAAUCUUGAAAAGCCCAGAGAUCCAAAGAGCCCUCCGGGCACCACGCAAGAAGGUUCAUCGCAGAGUCCUGAAGAAGAAUCCACUGAAAAACCUGAGAAUCAUGUUGAA